AUGGGGAACGAUACCUACGCGAUUCAUCCUAAUCCUAUAUUUUCAGGAGGCCCUUCAUGCAAGACAGAUGUUGACUCUGUCAACCAGCGCAUUUUAGUUUACUGCACAAUGUUGUAUUGGGAUUAUACAGACAUCAUCUCCGACAUGAAGACAGUAGACACCCAUUGCUUUGGCCCUUGGCCCCCACUGAGGGGGCAAUUUGACUCGGACUAUUACAAGAGCGACCCAAUGCCAAAAAUUGGUCGUCGUUGUGGUAAGAAGGAGAAGAAGAAGAAGGAAGGGGAACAAAUAGCGCCUCUGUACGCUGACGGAGCUGGAUGGCCUCACCAGAGGUACUUGUACCAGCAGAUCUCAGACGUUGUGCAUUGUGGCAGAAACCAUACCUGUUGUGUUAGCAGUGAUAGGUCGCAGACUGCAACCUGGUCGGCCCAAUUCCUGCAGGCCAUGGGCACGAAUAUCAAUGUUGCGAAUGUUAUUCAUGUCUGCAAUCAAAUAACCUUGGGUUGGUCUAUUGCGAUGGCUUGGACUGAAGGGAAUUCAUAUACUUGCCAUGGCAACCCAGGUGAUCAAGUCUGCAUUUGGUACAGGGUUGCCCAUACUGCAUUUGUGAUUCGAGAGCCCGUUGCCCCUCAUAACGGAAAUGAGGGUGGUGGGGUUAUCUGCAAAUACAAUGAUGAAUGCAGAUCGAUGGGUGAAAGAUUCUGGGACUGCUACGGUAGGCAAGAUGAACAUCUUAGGUGGUGUCCACCUCCUGGAUAUCCACCUAAGUUGGAUCGAAGUAAACGUCGUCCACAGCAGUGUCCAGAGUCAGACGCAAUAUAUAACGCCAAGUUAGAGAGAAUGAGAGAGACAAUAGCAGCUAAAGGUAUACCGGCAUGGAAGGAUCAGCAACGGGAGAGCAAGGAGCUUGAAGAUAGAUUAGAGAUAGAAGAUGAGGAGAAGUGGGGAACUCUAAGAGAACAAGAGAAAAUGGAAGAAGAGAGGCUAAGGAGGGAAGCAGAAGCAUUAGAGAGGAAGAGAAAGAAGAAAGCAGAGAAAGAUUUAAUGGAAGAUACAGAAGACAAAGAAGAUAAAGAAGACAAAGAAGAAGAUACUAUACAAGUACCAGGAAGCAUAGAUUUUUAA